AUUUCUUCAAAUGGGUACAAUUUGUCUUGCUGCUAAUUUGAAAGUGAUAACCACCCUCCUGCUUCAGAAGUUACUGACGAAAACACUAGAUGAGAUUUCUUCAUCCCUGUGAAGCUGUAAUUCCAUGUAAUGGUUAAUAAGCUAAACCAGGUUGGAAGUUGUUGUUUGGCAGAGCACGACGGCUUAUGGCUGCAGCUCGCUGGACCAUCCAUUCUCUAAGAAGGUAUACAUUCUAUAACUAUGCAUUCCACAUAUGCACCUGCAAAUCUAAUUAGCCUUGGCUGCAUUGGCUAAUUGUAGUGUUUAUCUUGCUCGUGUGACCGGCUCAUGGAGGAAUAUAUCUUCAAAACCUUUACAGGCUACAGAUAUGGCGGCGUCCAGGAUGCGCCGCCGCGACACUGGCCACGAGCUUAGGAGCUUGAUUUUCAAUAGCGCAUGCUCACGGCGGAGUGCCACCGUCGUACUGCAGAAUUGGGUGAACGAAGGCCACAGAAUCUCGGCUUUUCAGCUUCGGCGUGUCUAUAGGCAGCUAAUCAAACGCCGUCGUUUUGGAGCAGCUCUAGAGAUUCUCGUUUGGAUGGAAUCUCAGGAUAGCGCUUUCAUGUCUCCUUCUGAUUACGCAAACAGGUCAGAAUUGACCAUUAAAAUGUACGGUUCAAAAGCUACGGAAGAGUAUUUUGGAAAUCUGCACACUUCCAUUUCAAAGAAAGCUUCUUGUCUUCCUCUUCUCCAUUGUUAUGUUAAAGAAAGAUGCACUGAGAAGGCAGAAGCACUAAUGGCAAAGAUGAACAGCAUGGGGUUUGCUGUCACUACUCAGCCCUUUAAUGAGAUGAUGAAACUCUAUAUGGCCACAUCCCAGUACACUAAAGUCCUAUCUGUCAUCCUCCAAAUGAAGCAAAACCGUAUACCCCUAAACGUUCUCUCCUAUAACCUAUGGAUGAGUGCUUGUGGAAAUACGAGUGGCAUUUCAUCCGCCGAGAGUGUGUACAAAGAAAUGAUCGAUGAUCCGAAUGUUGACAUAGGGUGGACCUCUUUGUGCACAUUAGCUGAAAUUUACCUAAAAUCCGGACUGACCCGCAAGGCUAUUUUGGUGCUCGCGCUUGCAGAAAAGAAAUUAUCUACCUGUAACCGCCUUGCUUAUUUCUUUAUAAUUACGCUUUAUACUUCCUUAAACAACAAGGAAGGGGUGCUCAGGCUUUGGGAAGCUUCUAAGGGUGUGGAAGGAAGAAUGACUUGUGCCAAUUACAUGUGCAUGAUUUCAUCUUUGGUGAAGCUAGGCGAGAUCAAGGAGGCCGAGAGUGUUUUUCGAGAAUGGGAGUGUCAAUGUAGGACAUAUGAUGUUAGGGUCCCCAACAUUCUUCUCGGUGCAUAUAUGAGGAAUGGGUUGGCAAAAAAGGCUCAUUUACUAUGUCUUCACAUAUUAGAGAGAGGCGGGAUUCCAAAUUAUAAGACCUGGGAAAUACUUAUGGAGGGUUGGGUUAGAAGCCGGGAUUUGUCAAAAGACUAGUUUUACGUUCACUUGCAAUUUCCUUUUCACAAGAUUGAAACUUUUGAAGAUGAGCCACACAUGAUUACCCAAACAUGUACAUUAAGAGCCUAGCAUAGUUGGUGUAUCCAUAAGGCUUUUGCAAGGCUGCAAGUUAGAACAUGAGUUUUUCACAUAGAUAUUUUUAUUCCUUUUUGUGGGGAAGGGCAUGACCACAUGGACGGCAAGAAUCUCAAUUCAUUGUUAUCUCAUGAUGUUUUGUAUGUUGGCAAAACGUGUAAUUAGAGGAAAAGAACAUGUGGUAUACUCUUCAUUAUACUUAUUUAAAUUAACUUGCGUGAUAAUUGACUUUAGA